AUGCUCAAUCGAACACUAACACCGUAUCCUUGGGUUUCGAAGAAAAGCCUGGAGCCAAGCGUGCAAGUCGAAUCGACAACAAGUUCAAUGACCAGCGAAUCGAGCGUCGGUCGUACUGACCUGGAGGAGCAAGUCCUAGCAGUCGUGAAAAGCGAUGCGUUUCUGGUAGAUUGGUAUGGUCCUCGCGACGCAGGAAAUCCUCUGAACUGGUCGAUGACACGCAAAGUGCUCAUUUCUCUUUCUCUGGCCCUCUAUGCACUCAUCACGACCUUCGCAUCGUCGGUCUUUGGAGCAGCAUCGCCGGUGAUGGCUCGGGAGUUUGGAGUGCCUUUGUCGUCGAUGGUAUUCGGGUGCAGUUCGACAUUCAUGUUGGGGUUUGCAACUGGGCCUACUGUGUUUGGGCCACUUAGCGAAGCAUGCGGACGCAGGCGCCCAAUACUUGUGGGGUAUCUCAUCUUCGCAGUCCUCCAGUUGCCAGUGCUGAACGCACAAAGUGUGACAACCUUGUAUGCACUACGAUAUGCUCAAGGAUUCUUUGGUGCCGCACCUUCGUCAAUCUUGAUGGGCGUGCUUGCAGACAUCUGGACACCCAAGCAGCGAGGAUUCGCUAUGCCUUGUAUUGGAUCUUUUCUAGCAGUCGGACCUUGCCUUGGACCUCUGGUCACCGCGAUUGCGGCGUUCGCUGUGGCUGCAGUCACCAUUCCAGUGAUGUCGGAGACAUAUCCACCACUGAUCCUAGCACAACGCGCUCGAAGACUUCGAAUCUCAACUCAGAACUGGGCGAUUCGUGCCAAAGCUGAAGAGCACAACAUCGAUCUUAGAGACUUCGCGGAGCGUUACAUGCUCCGGCCUGCUCGCAUGCUGGUGCUCGAGCCCAUUCUGGCAUUGAUGACCCUUUACAUCUCGCUGUCCUUUGGCUUGCUGUACAAUUUCUUCCUGGCGUACCCUGCCUCUUUCACCGGCGAACGCGGCUGGGAUGCAACCUCUGCCUCGCUGCCGCUUCUGGCCUUAAUGAUCGGCAUCAUCCUAGCUGGGGCAAUCUGCUCACUGACAGUAAACAGUCGACUCUCGCCAAGCCUCGCCGCAGGUCGACCUCAAGAAUGCCGGAUGAUACUGAUGACGCUCGGCGCGAUUCUGCUUCCAGGUGGUAUGCUCAUGUUCGCCUGGGCAAGCUCUCUCAAGAACCCAUGGAUCCAGAUCAUCGCAGGAGUUCCAACCGGAAUAGGCCUGCAUAUGAUCAACAUGCAAGGCAUGAACUACAUUGCCGAUUGCUAUGGCAUGUUCACAAACUCGGCGAGCGCAGCGAACACAUUCCUGCGCUCGAUCUUCGCAGCAUCACAAUUGUACGCAUCGGUCGGUGUACGGCAAGGGACUGCCAUGCUUGCAUUGCUCGCUGCAAGCCUGAUUGCAGUACCUGUGCUCUUCUACUACUUCAGCGAGAGGAUUCGUGCGCGGAGUAAGUGGGUGCCACCAACGGUCAUGUAG